AAAAUACACCCAUCCACAUCUACCGCUCAGACAAUCAACUGAUAAUAUCAAUUCUUUUUCACAAAUCACAACUUUGUUCUUUAUCAUUUCCAAAUGGAUACUGCCGGAAAAGCGAAAAAGGGUGCCGGCGGCAGAAAGGUUGGCGGCCAAUCGAAGAAGCCGGUUUCCCGGUCCGUCAAAGCCGGUCUUCAAUUCCCGGUCGGUAGAAUUGGUCGUUACCUGAAGAAGGGUCGUUAUGCUCAACGUGUUGGAAGUGGUGCUCCGGUUUAUUUGGCUGCUGUUCUUGAGUAUUUGGCCGCUGAAGUGCUGGAAUUGGCUGGGAAUGCAGCGCGUGACAACAAGAAGAACAGAAUUAUUCCAAGGCAUGUUCUGUUGGCUGUGAGGAACGAUGAAGAGCUAGGGAAGCUUCUUGCGGGUGUGACCAUUGCUCAUGGCGGUGUUCUUCCAAAUAUCAACCCGAUUUUGUUGCCUAAGAAAACUGGUGCUGAAAAGGAACCGAAAUCUCCUGCUAAGGCCACAAAAUCUCCAAGGAAAGCCGCAGCUUAGAGUUUUUUUUAGUGACUGUUGAAACUGAAACUUCUGUUAGUUUAUUUCCCCUUUGUAUGUAAUGUUGGUGAGGGAAUUUGAGAAGAAUAUAGUUGUUAUUCUGAACUUGGUGGUAGUUGUUCCUCAUAGUCAAAUCAAUGAAACCCCUUGUUUCUACCUACGGUGUUUUCAAUC